CUCCCAGCUGGAAUAAAUCGGGACAUAUUGAGAGUUCAAGCGGUAGACACUUAAACAGUAUUGAUCAUUGGGUGCGUGGAAAUAACAUUCUUGGGAAUAAUGCAAUUAAAAAUCUAAUGGUGAAAUAACUAGUGGUCAAAUACCCAAACUGGUUGACAAAUUCAGCAACAACGAUCAAAAGGUGUGUACAGAGGUAUGGUGCGGGGUUUUAGAGCUGAACUAAAGACAUAUCUUUAUCUAUUUACUGCCUGAAGUUUAUGUGCAGAAAAUCACAUACAAUAUUGUGCAUACAUUUAUAAUCAUGUACAUGUAUAUAACCCCAUAGAAAUGGGCUAAUAUCCAACGGCAAUUGACAUGGAAGACUAGAUCGAAGAUUUUUUUGCGUAAAGUCACUUUGCAGCGUGAAGAUGAUGUUUAACGUUUCGUGUAUGCGUUUGGUUUUGAAUUCAUGCAACAGCAUAUUGUUAUAAAUAUUGUCAACUAUCAACUUCGACACAAUGGGAAAAUCCGUACAAAGUCAUUUGAUCGUUUUAUAUUCCAUGAUCUCUACCAUCACCUGUUCUUUGUCAACAGACUACUUUCCCACAUCGUGGUCUUCGGUGUGCAGUAGCAGCAUAAACAACAACACAGAAACAAAUCGGGCUAAUCUAUUCUGUUACCUGGGGCCGAACGAUCCUGUUAUUAUCAAUUUAAAACAUUUGAAUCGAUUUACUCGAUAUCUUCCGGAGCUAACUGUUAAUGUCAGCAUUGAGUGUUUUAGUGGUGGGAAUAUCUCUAUGACCUGGCCUAUGAAAAUAACGGGACUAGUGGGUCUUAUGGUACAAGAUUGUGUUAUUUAUGAUUUUAUGAGCGACUGGAAUAACCAGGAAUUAGAAGGAACAUCGGAUACCCUCCAAACACUAGCUGUUAUUAACUCUGUUAAUUUAAUCAACAUACCAUUAUUAUUUCAAGCUAUUACCGAAUUCAGAAAUGUAUCUAAUGAAUGGAACUGUGGUCAUGACACAACUUUGAGAAAAAUAGUUUUCAGAUCUUUCCGUUUUCACGUGGAAAAUUUUGGGGAUGACACAAUGCCAUACCAAAUACCAGACCUUAGCGUGAUGGACCAGAACGCCAUGGUUAACGAGGGUUUUGAUUGCACAUUUCCGCACCUCAAAUACCUCGAAGAAUCCUUUGAUGAAAUUGCCACCUCUUACCAUUUCGAAGCCCUGAAGAUGGGCGAUUAUCCUAAUCUCAGGUGUAUGAACUAUUCUAACAGUGUAUGGUCGGCAAUUCCACCGGCUUUGAAUGAUUGGUACCUGAAAUACCCGAAAUUAGAAUAUAUGGAUUUUAGUGGUAAUCAAAUUUCAGAAGUUAAACUUCGCGAUUACCGAUCCAGUUUAACGAAAACCAUCACAGUUCUUGAUGUACGAAAUAAUAAUAUCACUAGCAUAGCUGUUCAAGAUAUCAAGAAUUGGAUUCAAGAUUUGUCAUUCAUGUUUGUCGAUAUUCGAAAUAAUCCUUUGGACUGUAGUUGUAUAAAACGGGAAUUUAUUUACCAAGUUCAAGACGAGGAUUGGUUUGUUGGUGAUUUGUUUAAAUAUAAAUAUAUCAGAAAUAUGACUUGUUCCACUCCGCCAUCAGCUCGUGGUAAAAUGUUACAAUAUUUGACUAAAGAUGAUAUGGGAUGUGCGAUACCCCCAGCUGAUCUGACUGUAGCUCUCGUUAUAGUGGCCAUUGUUGCCGCUAUUUUAAUCAUUCUUAUCGUGCUUUUAGUGCGAUAUAGAAAAGGGGUCAAAAUUAUUCUUUAUACAAGAUUUGGUAUCUUAAUACCAAGUGAAAUGGGUGACAAGUCCGACUCUAAGAUAUAUACAGCCUUCGUAUCCUAUAGUUCUGCGAAUGGAGACUGGGUGCACGAUUAUCUUCAAAAGAAUAUCGAGACUCCAUCCAACAGUAAAUGUCAGGCUUUCAAAUUGUGUUUACACGAACGAGAUUUUAUCGGUGGGAAAAGCAUCCUGGACAAUAUCAUAUACAGUAUAGAGAACAGCCGUCACACUAUUGUUAUACUCUCAAAGGCGUUUCUAAAGAGCAUCUGGGGAAUGGAGGAAUUCACUCAGGCUUAUAACGAAAGCAUUGUGAAGAAACGGCGACAUUUGAUUCUGGUGAAACUCGAGGAUAUACCUGAAGAUGAGAUUCCAACUUCCCUGAAACGUUGUUUAAGGACUUUCACCUAUUUGGACAUUAAAGAUAAUAUGUUUUUAGAUCGACUGAGAUACUCGUUAGCUAUUAAAUCUAAAUUAGUUAGAUACGAUUCAUUGGUUUCCAUAAAAACCCAAGUUUCCACAGAUUCGGGAUGUGUGCAUGACGUUAAUGGCUCAGAACAUGACACCCAUAGCACAACAGAUAAUGCGGUUUCCAUUGUCGAGGUUAAAACAGACUUUUAAGACUGUCUAAUUAAAUUAUUUUAAAUAUUACAGAUUUUUUUUUGAGAGAAGAUACUUCACGUUUAUUUAAAUAUUAUUGAUCACAAUAGGGAUUGACAUUCCAUUUUAAUAAUUUCUCCAAACUUGUUUAUGGCUUUUAAGCUUGUUUUCGGUGGUGAUGCUUCAUAAUAUUCUAUACGGUAUAAACGCAUACCAGACUCUUAUAUUCAUAUGGAAAUCAAAAUCCAUAGACUUUUAAAACUACAUGCCGAUUUUAUUGAAUGGCAAAACACAUUAAUUACAAUUAUUACAAUAGGGGUUAUACCGUUCUUUAACAAAAUGUUUAUGAUCUGUGAAAUUUUUUGUUCGGUUAUUUAUGUAUCUUUCAUAGUUCUAUUUUAAAAACUACAUUCCAGGUAAA